GUUGGCCCAUAUCUAAUCAAAUGAGCAAAAACAUCCAUUGACGCUGUCGGGCGGCCGUGACUCUGCAAAUCGAUCGGUCUGCGAGACUGUGACUCUGCAAAUCCUGAUAAACGAAGAUGAAGCACACGACAUGGCCAGGCCGAUCAGACGGCCUUCGUUUCACGGCCUUUCGGUUAUGGAACACCAAGGGUGAAAAGCACCACAAGCUCCACCCGACGAAGCACAGCAAUCGAAUGUCCAGCGGAAGAGCAUCGUCGUCAUCUUCAACGGACGGUCGCGAUUUCUCGGCGCUGCCGUACGAAUUGAUAAUGAUAAUCGGGGUUUCGCUGAGCCACCCGAACCUCAGAGCGGCGUCGUUGGCGUGUAAGUCGUGGUACGAGGCACUUCAGCCGCUGAGACAGGCGAUGCUGUAUAUGAGAUGGGGAAAGCGGUUCAAGCACGGCCGAGGUGGGGUCCAGCCCAACAUGGACAAGGCUCUCGACGCGUUUCUGAAAGGCGCGGCUCUGGGGUCCACCAUGGCUAUGGUGGAUGCCGGGCUUAUAUACUGGGAGAGAGGCCUCAAGGACAAGGCCGUCGCUUUGUAUCAGAAAGCUGCAGACCUGGGAGACCUGUCUGGGAAGUGCAAUUUGGGAAUUGCCUAUCUGCAAGUUGAACCUCCAAAUCCAAAGGAAGCUGUAAAAUGGUUAUAUCAUGCAUCCAAUGAGGGCCAUACCCGUGCCCAGUACCAGCUUGCACUUUGUCUGCAUCACGGCCGUGGGGUUGAUCGUAACAUAAAAGAGGCGGCAAGAUGGUAUUUGAAAGCUGCAGAAGGUGGUUAUGUGCGUGCCAUGUACAAUGUAUCACUGUGCUACAAAUUUGAGGAAGGGUUAGCGCGCAGUCAUCGCCAAGCAAGAAAAUGGAUGAAGAGAGCAGCCGAUCGUGGGCACAGUAAAGCUCAAUAUGAGCAUGGACUCGCUCUUUUUUCUGAAGGAGAAAAGAUAAAAGCUGUAGUCUACUUGGAACUUGCUACCCGAGGUGGGGAAAGUGCAUCAGCUCAUGUCAAGGAUGUGAUUCUUCAACAGCUUUCAGAAACUUCACGUGAUGAUGUAAUGCUUCUUGUCAACCAAUGGCGUGCUUUGCCCUCAUCUUCCUGAUGGUUAGAAAAUCAUCCCUUUAAUUCAUGCGACCGUUUUGGGCUGCAUAGUCAUCCUCUUUCUGAUGAGUGAUGGUAGUUUCUUAUAUUAGAUAUGGAGAAGAUCUGUAUAUUUCUAGAAGUGUUGUGUUAUUAACAACAGUUCUUGUAUGCACUUUUCUAAAAAUUUGACGUGAUUGGCGUAGAAGUAUUACUGUUGCCGAAAUACUGGUUUUAGUUGUGCAUGCUUAUUAGUGCUAUUGCACAUAAACUUUGCAAUGCUAACUUAGGAAGAGUGAGUUAGUAAUGAUCUCAAAAGAGUGUCAUCAGGGAAUUACUUGUGUCUGUAGACGAUUUUCGAAGUCCAGCCAUGUUGCUUGUAUGAAGUGAAUUCACAAUAUCAAUCCGACAGUUCCAGGACUUGUUAAGGAUAGUCAGGAUUCACCUUGCAGAUAUUCAAUGGAGCAAAUGAUCCCUCAGGGCACGUGUUGGAAACCCUGCUAGUUGACCGACAAGAUCGGGUCCUCCUGUAUUGAUUUUGGAGUUCCAGAAGGCAUACUUGAGAUUUUUGUUUGUAUGAGAAUAUAGAACCUUACGAGAAAGGACGCAACUGAACUGAGAAUAUAUUAUUUUCAUAUAAAAAAGUCAUCACUCUGUUUUUUUACCAAGAA